GUCAAAGACAAAGAAAAAAGAAGAAAGGUGAGAAGGAAAAGAAGUGAGAUAGAGAGAGUGGGUAUGUGCCGAUUGAGAGAGUUGAAGAACAUUAGUUCCAAUUAAAUUUUCAUCCGUGGGUAACAUGCAUGGGGAAAAGAAGGUAACUUUGAGGAGAUCACACCAAUUUGAGUUGAGCUUAAACUUGAUUCCGUUGGGUAUGACAGUUUCAGAUUUUGGAUCUACACAUAGGUAUGACAUAUUUUAUUGGCUCUGCCUGGGUGUUGAGUGGUCCACCAGGUAUGAAAGUUUCAGUGGCUCUACCCGCGCGAUGAUAGAUCUUGCCGAGUAUUACAAGUACAUCCCUUGCUCUGCUUGCGUGCGGGACACCCACCAAGUAAGACAGAUUUCCUCGAGGGUACUAGUUAUGACCCUUUUCCCCAGGUUCACAAGAAGAGUCCUGCUGAGGAGCGUUUUUCCUCUCGAGGUUGGGCCCACACGUAAUUGACUCACCAUGUGUAAAAAUGUCAUGCUUGUUCCCGGUACAGAAUUAUGUUUUAUCCCUAUGUUUAUCUCCUGUGUUGAUUAUAAAAGAUAUGAAGAUCUGAUACCAUCUAUUUUUGGAUUUUAUGAACGUACGAGUUAGCUUUCAGAUUUUCAAAUGUAUGUAUAUAUAUCUUAUGUGUUUAUGCUUUCAAAACGAAUCCAA